AUGUUACAAUAUAUUGAAGGUGGAAAAUCUUUGGCUGACUUAUAUAGAGAUUAUUCAUCUCUCAGGAUAGAAGAUCAAUAUCCUCAAGAAAAAAUAGCUAAUUUAACCAUGUACUCAAGAAUGUUUAAUACAGAGUUUAAUAUUUCUUUUUGUGUUCCCAAAAAGGACCAAUGUUCUCAUUGUGAGUCAUACAAAAAUUCUGAUGAAGUUGAAAAAGUACAUAAAGAUGAAAAGUAUCAGCUACAUUUGUCAGAAAAAAAUCUAAGUAGAACAGAAAAAGAAAAUGAUAAACAUUUAGCUUCAAAUGAUAUAAAUAGAAGUAACAUAUUGUUAGCAUGCUAUGACCUUCAGGCUGUACUUCCAACCCCUAGGGUUGAAGUAUCUGUAUUUUAUUAUAAAUCUAAAUUAUCCACUUACAAUUUUUCUAUAUCUGAUAUUGUAGAAAACAAUCAUUUUGUUAUGUUUGGAAUGAAGGUGAAGCAAAAAAAGGAGUAA